UGUCAGUGGGAGGUUCAAGGGUCUCUGAGCGCUCCGCGCCCAGGUUGCCUCGUUUUCUCGCGACCCAUCGUCUCGUCCGGCCGCGCAACCAGUAUCCGAACGGCGUUAAGAGGCGAAGUUGGCUCGAGGCUGACAGGUCCUUCGUAUCGUCCAGAACGAACCCUCAUGUUCGCGGCUCACCCCUCGCGGAUAAUACAUGGCCAGGUCUACGACGUUCCGUAACGGUCGGUGAGAACGCGAAGCGACUGAGUGACCCGAAGCGAAGCUGACAGGGAUACGCGAUCGUUACGCGCGACUCAAUCUCCAGGAGGAAUCCGCGACUCUCGGGAUGAUUAUGUACACCGUGGCCGACGAUCACAUCGGGGACAACGAGAUUGCCCAGGUGAUCGCAUUUAUAUGUGGAGUAAUAGUAAUAUUGCUACUGAUAAUGGGCCUUGCUUCCACCGACUGGUUAAUGGCAUCAGGAUGGCGGCAAGGACUCUUCGCUCACUGUAUCGAAGAAGGUGCAUCAACACCGCUUCCAUUUAAUGUUAUGGAAUCACAGGGAUGCUACCAAGCCAGAGACGUUGGCUACAUAAGAGCAGCUGCAGCACUUUGCGUGGUUUGCCUUAUAGCUGAUAUCGCAGCAACCAUUUUGACUGGUCUUGGGUUACGUUCCCAGGACCAUCGGGACAAGCACAAGUUUUACAGAUUAGCUGUGUUCUGCAUGGGGCUGGCAUUGGUCUCCCUAUUGAUAGCAUUGGUAAUUUAUCCAGUUUGUUUCACCGCAGAACUCAAUCUUGGUAAUCGGCCAAUGUGGGAAUUUGGUUGGGCUUACGGGGUCGGAUGGGGUGCAGCCAUCUUUCUGUUCGGCGGCGCGGUACUUCUGCUCUGUGAUAAGGAGAGCGAGGAGAUCUACUACAAGGAGAGGAAAAUCGUCCGCGACGACAUCGGCGGUGGUGGAUCGAUGAUCGGUGUGGGGCACCACAGUGGAAGAGGUGGUACGCAGCUGGCCUAGUGGCAUUGCUCCCUGCCCGACGUUGUUCUCUAAAGGUUGAUCGGCUUCUUCCAUUUACAUCGAAGAAGGACACUUAUACUUGGGACCGGAGUCUGGACAACGUUUGCGGGAUGUCUGUUCUACCGUAUCUGCGUAUCUGAGCGUGCGAAUGGGUCAUCUUCUAGGAGCAAUCCGUUUGUUGAGAUUAACGCGUCCCCGAGUCUCGUUCGACUCUUCGAUUCAACGUGUAUAUUGCCCCCGUCGAUCGCAUUUGCUGAGUCACAAUAGAGGAAGGGUGGUUAAAUCUCGACUCUUCGCUACCGAUCUGUGUCUUGAGUUCGUCAUCGAUCAAACCGCUUGCAGCAUCUCGUCCGCUCUUCAUCGUUUCUGGGACCACUGACCCGCCUUUUCGGUUCUUGAGAUUCUUCCACGGUUGCUUCUCUUCUGGCACUUCCUUCGUCCCGAGUUCUCCCCCGGGACUCGGUCCGUUAAUUCGACAGUGUCAAUCGACCUCGGUAAUGGCAUUGCCGAUGACAAAGAGCGUAAAGUAAAUGGUUUAGCGACUCGAAAUUUAGCAAUACUGUCCUAUAUGGAACAUGGUGAGAAAUCUAUUUCUGGAUGUGGUUAUUCGGGACUUGUGGCGAUUAUCGGCCAAUUCUUCAACUUCGAUGCAACUUUUUCCGCACGUACUAGUCUUAAUGUGUGCAUUUUUUAUCAUUAAGGUUUAUGCACUAUUCCAGAAUUUUUACAUGUAGCUAACCUUUGAAACAACCGAUAAAAAGUUUUUCUUUCAACAUUUUCGUUUGCGGUUUAAUUACGUUCAAAUAAUCCCACUACAAGGAACUUCUAUCUCCCACGCGGUUUUUAGCUCUUUUUGAUGGCAUCGAAUCUUUCAGCCGUGUUCUUCUUUAAUUUGUGCCCGUGUCAUUCUUUAACGGGGAAAAGAAAACGAUGAAUCCUCUGUAUUAUUAAUAACGAAGCUUAGGUUUUCCUUGUUCGAUCGUAAGAACGUAGAUAUGGUCAUUCGGAAUACUUAAAAUUUGAUUAAUGCAUGUAAGGUAUGGCAUUCAAUCAAUGAUUCGCCUUGUUUAAAUACGUCCUCGGUCUUUGUCGCGGGUUGACUUUAACUUCUGGAUGUUUUCUAUUCUCUUUUCUCUUUGUGACCAAUCAAAGCCUAGUUGAAUCCUGCAACCAUGAAAGUUAUUCGAUAUUGGCAUAAUUUGAAUUUUGCUUUACACCUGCACAGCAGGUGUAUGUGUUCAUUUCCCACUAUUUGAGAGCCACGUCGUGCACAGAAUGUGACGAUUCUACAAAGUGGAGGAGCUCCUUGACAUCCCACUGCCAAUUAUCGUUGAUCCAUUCAUUACGUUAUGUAUGAAUCUGUACAUAUACAAUUAGGGAAUAAUUGUUAAUUUAUUAUUUAAGGAUCUAGUGUGAAAGUAUCGCUCACUUUUUCCCAUCAAACGGUACCUACAGUACUCAACAAAAAGUCAUUUAUUAUCCCAGUAAAAGUUAUAAUCAUUGUGCAGGUUUUUUGUUGGAAAUUUUAUUUUCGAACAUGAUAAAUUAAACAUCUUAGUGAUUUUAUAUGCAAAAAUGUAAAACUUAAUGAAGGCGAAUCGCAAGGUUAACUACUUGAUUUAACAUCAUAUGACGAUACAAUUGUAGAUCUAAAGUACACAAUUUACUUUUACGAGUACAAAAUUAAAAAAUCGUGCAUUUAUCAAAGUCUUCGCAUGAGAACUUGCAAGACAGUAAUAGCUACGUAAUUUCUUAUUAUAUUCUUUACGACUGUGGGUUUAAAAGUGUUUGUCUCCAUUUACUAAAGCGCUGUUUUCGUGCGUAUGUAUGUAUGUAUGAAUGUAUGUAUGAAUGUAUGUAUGUAUGUAUGUAUGUAUGUAUGUCACGUGAACGAAGGUAAUGCUUUUUCGGCGGAUUUUCCGGUUCGUGUUUUGAAAAUCGCCAAUACACGUCCCCUCUAAAUCGGGGUCGAGGAUGUCAAAAGUAUCAUCGGAUGAAAAAAAUUCCGAUCGCGUGAUCGAGAUUCGGCGAUUGGUUGAUCAAAUUCGGCGCAGUCGAGCCCCCGCGAAGAGCCAUGCCACCGAAGCCGGACGCGUCGGCGCUCGGGGUACAUCUAGUUAUUUAUUAGACGACCGUUACUGUGGUAUAACACUUUUCUAGCUGUACGAAUUUUAAAGUGAUCGAGCGAUCAUACUAGAUCCUUCGAAUCCUUCUUUUGGAUAUCGAUAUUUAUUAUGUAGAAUCAAAUGUCAUAUUUUUUUAUGCGCACACGACAGUAUUUCCCAAGUUGUAACUCGACAAGACACACAUUUUACAAGUCCUUUUACGAGUAUAAAGUGGGUACGACAUAGACCACUUCUAAAAUCGUAUGACAUUAGGAAGUGUGCUUGAUUGCAAUAUUUAUAAUGGAUUACAUCACUCUCUACAUCACAGUAAUAUGAAUUUUGACAAUUCACAGGCCCUAGUAACCACAUGAGUCGGCCGUCUUGAAUUAUGACGUCGAAAGGGAGGAAAUUGCGUGAAUCCCUGCUGGCAUUUUUGUAAACGAAUGACAUUUUGCAGCAAAAACGAGCAUUGAAAGAAACUAAAUAUCUACAACGUGUGUCAGUGGGUUAGUUUUUGACGGAUCAUGCACUAAAAGACGAGAUAUCACUUUCUGAAAAUCGACCUGCUAAGACCACUGACGAUUCCGGACAGUAAUUCACAAAAUAGACACAAUAUCGUUACAAACACGGACCGUCCGGUACAUUUUACACAUCCACUGAUUAUUUUAGCACCGGUAAUUUGACGAAAAAAUACUCUGGAAGAAUACCGCAGGGGGAUUUUAUGCGACUUCCUCGCCUCUGAUGUCAUAAUUCAAGAUGGUCGACUUGCGGUUACUAACAUAAAACCUUAAUAGAUGCCUUUUAGGUUGACACUUCAGCACGAUGAAAGAUGUUUAAAGUACAACGCUAAGUAAAAUAGCAGUGAAUCGGUAUGAAUUCAAUGCGAAUUUUAAUUGUAUUUAAUGCAAAGUCAAUGAGUUUAUUUAUGAAACUAAUAUUUUUUUAAUGAUAUUUUAACAAAUGUAUGAUGUCAAAUGAUCGAUUCGACAAGGAAACACAUGAAGCACAUUAACGUACAUAAUUAAGUUAAAUAUAUACUGUUUAGCCAUUUAAUUAAUUCGAUUUGAGUUAAAAGUAAUGUCUUCCUUUGAGUACGAUUCCAGAAGAGAGUUCCCAGUUCGAAACACAUUGAAAAACAAUUGCGAGCGAGAUAAGUUUUGGUUACGUUUUUCGCUUUGUCUGCGAGAUUUACCGCAUUCAAUGUUGAAAGCGUGGGCUAUGUUCAUUAUUCAGUUUAUAAGUAUUUAUAACGAGCUGUGCUGUUUCAGUACAGCGCAAUUCAAUGUCGAAUAAUGAUAAUUAUUUGUGUCCUAGGAUUUGUGUUAGCGAUACGUUUGUUAAAAUGACACAAUAUGAACAUGACGAGAAAACAUGCAAAACCAAAGCGGCCAAAUCUCACACAGCAGAAACCGCGACAGCUGUCUGGGCAAUCUAACGAUUGCAUCGACAUUUUCGGGUCAUCGACGAAGUCUAGCAGUAACGCUUAAUGUGAUUCGAGCAGGGUUUCAUACUUCUCAUAAUUUCGAUCAAAACGACACCCAUCGACCAAGACCUUCGUUCGGCCUUCUACGUGAAACAGAAAAUGACAACUUUUCGGUUAAGCAGAACGUAGAGUGUUUGAGUGUGUGACGGUAUAGCUAGAGGCAGCUCGGGCAGGUAUAUUACAGAUAUACAUUACUGAUCCAUUACGUUAUAUCGAUAUUGCAUGCGCGCGCGCGCGCGUGUGUCGAUGUGUACAUAAAUAGUAGGGCGUUUUAUAAAUGCUUGCAAUAAGGCGAUACUGCCAGGAGACGAUCACGCUGAUUACCAAUUAUCGCGACCGCACUAAUACGAGAUUUAGCGAAUCGAUUGUGCUUCACUAGGGUUCACUAGGCGUUGACCCGAGAAGCGAGUACAGCCGCUCCGAAAUAAAACGACUUAAGGCAUCGGUACUAUGAAAUAAUGAUUACACUUAGUAGUGUUAUUAUUUAACUGAAACUUUGUUAGUGCCACUAACCCUGUACACGCCGGACGUUCGAUAUGGCCGGAUGCACAAUUAAUGGAUUAACGAGUUGAAUACUCUCUACCCCCUUCGCUCUGCGUAUUUGCGAAGGAACACUUCAUGGCAGAAAAUUGUAUUAUCAUACAUUGAAGCGUUAUCAUUAAGGUGACGUGAAACUCUGAUAAACCAGUCGAUUCUAAUUAAGACACUUUUUUCUAGGGGCGUUCCACCAAACUGGCCAAAAUUUCAACACGUGUCUCGUGAGCAACUGAGGAACGUCCUGACACUUGUAUGGUUUAUCCUAAAUCUUUUUUAAAAUGUCAGAAUGUUCCUCGGUUGUUGACGAGUAAUGUGUUAAAGUUUCAGAAUGUGCGGCAAGUACUCUUAAAAACAAUGUCUUAUUAAAUCUACUGGCUUUAGGGUUACGAAGUCACCUUUAGAGCCCUGCUCGAUCUAGCGAGUGGAAAAUUGAGCUCUUUUCAAUAACUGUUGUUCUGCAAAGGAUAAAAUGUAACCGCAUGAGGUUUUUAGUAUUUAUCUAACUAUUUAAAAAAGAAAAUUUUAGAUUUAUUUCUUUUUUUUACGGUUAAUAUUUCCGAUGAUAUUCGCAGAGUAAUAUGGGCUGAUUAAAUCCACGUUUCUGCACGCUGGCGUGGAAAUCUCUAAGAGAAAUUGAGCUUGGACAAAAAAUCAUUACUAACAAAGUGGCAACACCUAGACGAAAAAAAAAAGAAUUUGUUAAUGAAGUUUUACGGUCUCUAUAUGAUAAAAAUCAAUAAGAAAAGGUGCAUGUGCCAUAGCACUUCGUGCGGUGGAGACAAUUAGAUGGUAUAUUCCAAAUUUUAAGUCAUUCGCAUAAUUAGGAGCAAAAUUAUGCACAUCAGCGCAGUGAUUUGAAUGAAAUCACCCCAUGGAAAACGCGUUGAAAGUUCGAAGAUACGUUUUGACAUACUAUAUGAGAGAAAUUCUAUUCCUUUCUUCGGCGAUUCCUGGGCAGUAUAAAGAUUCAUUGUCGUACUGAUCCAUUAAUGAGAUAAAAUUCGAUUUUUCCGAUUUUCUAAAUCAAGCAGGGCCCUUAAGGCAUCUUUGUUUGAGAUGGGGCAAAGCAAACCGAGACUGCGUCUGGGUGAAUGAAUGCUGUGAAUGGAUUAUAAAAUUGAAGUCAAUAUGUCAUUUCUAAGAAGAUACGAAUCGAAUGAGUACAAAACAUUUUAUUGCAAUCUUAUGCGAAGAGGAUUGACUUUGUAUAGCUGUAAUUUAUUGUAAUUAUUCGAGGAAUGGUGUAUGCGGAGUAAGGUGGAACGGCGGAUAUAUUGUGGUUUAAUUUGUCCCAUCCUGUCUGAACGUUUAAUGGGGUCAUUGAUAUUAUAUGUGAUGAGUCAACAGAAACGGAUAACUGACCGAGCGAUAGACAAAUGAUCGUUUUGGCUGGUGCUCAUUGAACCCAAAUUGGCACCUUUUCUUAGGAUUAUUAGUUGCACUACAUCCUCCCCAUGCCUCUCCCCAUGUCUGUCUCCCUUAACCGCUGUAAAAACUCUAAACGCCCGUUGGCAUUGACAAAAAAAAAGUGUCAUCUUUAUUGGGUCACACAGCUGGUAACUCGUUUGCGCUUAUUAGCAAUACCGUAGAAACGAAACAUCCAAUUUUCUACAGCAAUACUACCGAGAAGCCCAAUCUGUAUAUAAACUAGUUUACCUCUUUGUUUUCUGUACUAAAUAUUUCCCGAAACGAUAAACCAUUCCUCCUCAUUUGUUAAUAGUAUUAACCCGGCAUGCAAUCUUCCGAAGCAGUUUUUGCUUGAAUUCUAACAGACGAUUACCACUUGUAUUCCAUUAGAGAUCGUAGCGUUGUUAUAGACUAAUAUCGAAGUUGUCAGUUAUCGAUUGUUGUUAAUAAUCGAACAUGUUUUAAGUCGUCUUGAUCGAGCUUUAACGCAAACAACGUACGUUCGGUAACACUCCGCGCAAGUAUGUGCGUGUCGGAAUAUGCAUAAUGGAUGAAAGAAGAUAUUAAGGAACCCUAAUUACGAAUUUCAAUUGUUAAUAAUACGGCACAUGGGAUCACUAUACAUUAUUACUGUCUGUCCCUUCCGAUAAAUAUGUUCGGAAGAUUUAUCAAAAGUUUUCACUUGAUCUACCGAUCGGUCGAGUCUCUUUGUCCUAAAUUUAAUUUGGAUUUUACUUAGCAUAAAAAGGUACUAUAGUUAUAAUCACUCGACGCUACGGGUUUGUUUAUGUAGUCGUUUCUUCUCAGAUUAAAUCAUCAGAGAUGCGUCGAUACUACUUUCCUUUCUAAAAAGGAACCAAGUCUUUAACGAUUCGGAAUACUGUGGUUAAAAGUGUAAUAACGAACGCGAAUGUAAUUAAAGAGCCAACGACGUCAAAUACA